CGGAGACUUCAGUUGUGCAAGACCGAGGUGAUAUACCACAAUGAUCGGAAGACUGGCUGCUGUGAUUCUUCUCAGUACUUUGUCUCAAACCAUAAAGAUGCCUCAACCGAUCUCUGUGACUGUGGUUAAACCGGGUGACACUGUGACUCUGGCAUGUUUGUUUACCAAAGAUGAAGCUGGAUUGUUGAACUGGUACAAGAUGAAGUUUGGAUUCAUGGUCCAAACAGUUGCAGCAGGAAGUUUUGACAAAGUUAUCCUAGUAGAGCAAUUUGACAACUCAAGAUUUACCAUCACCAAGGAGGGUUAUCUGAACUUUCUCAUCAUCAGAAAUGUAAGCAAAGAAGAUGAAGCAACGUACUUCUGUCAAGCUGGAACGGCGUACGAAAUGAAGGUUAUUAACAGCACUCUCUUAGCGGUGAAUGAUCAUAAAAACCACCAGAACCUGGUCUAUGUGAAACAAAGACCGGAGGCGCAGUCGGUCCAGGCGGGCGGCUCAGUGAAGCUCCAGUGUUCACUUCUCUCCAAGUCCAAAGAAAACAGAGAGCAGUGUCCAGGUGAACACAGUGUGUACUGGUUCAGAGCUGCAGCAGGAGAAGCUCAUCCAGCUGUUAUUUACACUCAAAGCCACAGAAGUGAAGAAGAAGAGAAGAGAAGCUGUGUCUACAAUCUGUCCAAAACCAUACACAACUCGUCUGACGCCGGGACGUACUACUGCGCUGUGCUCACAUGUGGACAAAUCCUGUUUGGUGAAGGAACUACAGUGAAGACAAGUACGUGUUCACACUUCUUUAAUAUGAAUUCCAAUCACUGCAGUUCUCUCAUUUAAAUCGAUGUGGAGUCACUGCUAAGAUUCUCUGAAAAGGAAAAUGACAAAUCAGGUUCUAACGAAACCCUAAUUUGCUCAAACUUAUAUUUAAAGGA